ACGUGACGAAGCAAAAGCAAAAAAGCAAAAAGGAUAGGCAACAGCCGCAACUGUGAUGCCUGUGAUGGCAAUUCUUCAUUAGCGCCGCCAACCACCAACCGAGCAAGUUAACGAACUCGGGGAAGGUGAGAGGAGUCAACAAAGAUGUCUGUGCCGUCGUCGCCGGAGGUGCAGUCUUUGGCAGACCCUGAGGACGUGUAUCUCCCUCCGGACGAAGCCGUGCUGCCUGCUCAUCCACGACCCCACAGCUCUCGUACCGAACACGACCACAAGACGGCUAGCAAACUACGCGCCUUCUUCCGCAAGAUGCGGGGGAAGCAUCACCACCACGAUGACGAUCACGACCACGACGCCGCUGAUCACGAUGGCCAGGAACACGCCGACGCCACCUCCCUCGCUGAUGGCGGCACCUCGCAGGACAGUACAGACGAACAGCAGCAGCGCCACCGCGUUACAUCGCCACAAGCUGUGCUGGGUGGUGGAGCCACAUCGCCACGGCCAAGAGACGCUGAUGCGGUGUCAACGACGGCAGCAUCAGCCACCACGGGCAGCGCAGCCUCGACAGCGCCAUCGUCAGCGGCCACGUCUCCAAACCGUCGCCGCUCGCGACUGACGCGUCGACGCACGGGCACAUCAAAUGCAAGCAACACCAACAACACCAACACCAAUACCAACACCAGCACCAAUACCAACACCAAUGAUGCGCGCACAGCAGCAGCGACAACAACAACAACAACAGGAACAACAGGAACAGCAGCAGGUGCAACCACAACAACUACGUCUGCGAGAUCAAAUAUAUCAUCGACCCGCACGGUGCAGGAUGAGCGAGGUCAUACGAUGGUCGUGUAUGAUGAAAACACAAACCUGCAAGUGUCGGGCACGGCGCAGCUGUCCAAAGACAAGCGCGACCUUGUUGAGAUCAAAGGGUUGCCAAACAUGCUGGGCAAGUACGUGCGACACCGCGCACGACGGCUGCUGCUGGUGUUUGGCGUUGGCCUUGCAUGCCACUUCACGCUGGCGCUUGUCUUUGCCAUGCUGCUGCGUGUGCUGUUCCCACGUACACUGGUUGGGCGGUCGCCAGAGGCAGGGCCUGCGUCGUUUUGCCACCUCGUCUACCACCUCUUUUCCGCCAGCAUCGCCGGUUACACAGACACGGAUCUCAUUGUCAACGACCACGCCGUCGUCUCCUUUGGCGUCCUCCUCGUCAACCUGAACCUGUACAUCGGCUUCAUACUCCGCUGCCUGGCCAUCCUUGCCACGCUGCACCCUGCCGCCUCCACCCCGCCCUUCCUGCGCUUCUCCAAGUGGGCCGUCGUCACAUCCAAGAGCCUCACGGGCCUGCGCUCGCUCGAGUUUCGCCUCGUCAACGACUUUGGCUUUGACCGCGAGAUGCUGGAUGCGCGUGCCAGCGUGACCAUGAGCAUCACCCCGGCCAACAACCCGACCCGCCGCCGCUUCUUCCCGCUCCGCCUCGUCCGUGAUGCACAGGCGGUCAUGCCCGUCUUAUGGACUGUAUCCCACGUGAUUGACCACAACUCCCCGUUGUAUGACCAGACGUCUGCCAGUUUAGAGGACAACAUGGCCUUGUUUGAAGUUGUAGUUGAUUGCGUCGACCCCGUCACAAGACAACGGGUGUACCAUCGUCACACGUACAGUGCUGCCACAGUGAUAUUCCAUGCUGAGUUUGCCGUUGUUGCUGACACUUCUGGCUUUCCCAAAAAGGCCCAUAUCGACUUUAACAAACUCCACACGGUCUACCAACAUGCCCAAUAAUCGUUCAUGGAAGUUAUUGCAGAUUUUCCCUUUCGCCCGUGUUACGCCUUGUGUGCCUCUUCUUUCUUCUCUUGUGCUUUGUGGCCUUCUUGUGCUUGUUCUCGCGCACGCGCGCGUGGUGAGUGCCUUUUUCUGCUGUGCACAACCCAAGAAACAACCACCCCCCCGC